AUUGUUUUUGGAAUGUAUUUAGCACAGUAGGUCGCGCUUUAAUAACAACCGAAGACCAAGAAACAGGUCGUCACGUGACGGCGAAUGGCGUGAAGCACGCGCUGGAUUUCCCGUUAGUGCCACUAUGGGACACACAGCUCACACACGAAGGAAGGAGGGAUGUUUACUGAACGCUUGGUGUAUGGAUCCAUGAGAUAAGAAACCCUUGGUAUUAAUUUCAUUCAUUUUAAGGUUCUCACACAGGCCGUAACAUUUUGAAAUUCUGGCCUCUGUGGUGUCCCACUCCGAAUACAAUGUUCCCCCUGAGGACACUGCUUAUUGCAGCACUGCCUCUGCUGGUCCUGAGCUCCAAUCCUGAGCAGUGCUCUUUGCAAUUCUCUACUCCUCCCAAUUAUCCUAUGCUGGCAUCGCUGCAGUGCUAUAAUGACUUCACCACUCAGAUACGCUGCACCUGGGAGGAGAAGCCACACACACACUUACACAUACCAUUCACCAGGGGAAAUCCGUGUGUCCCUGAUGGUCCUGGUGAGCUUCAGUCUAGUGGAAAGCUGACCCGGAGUUGUGUUUAUAAAAAUGAAGUGUUUAGCUUUGGCGGUCAUGUCUUCUCCUUCAACACAUCCUGCCCUUCUAAAGUGACAACUUUUAAUAUAGCUGCAAAAGGCAAGCUCCUGCCCCCGACUAAUUUUUCAGAGAAAAAAGAGAAUGAUGGCAAUCGACUGCUGAGCUGGAGCAGCCCGUAUCCUCCCUUAUCCCCUCUCACACUAAAUCUUACCUACCAGCUCAAGUACAGAAAACAUGAAAAUGAGUGGAUUGUGGUAGAUGAUCUCAAAAUUCCAAUGUUUGUGAUCAAGAGGCAGGCACUCUUACCGGGCUACUCGUAUGAGGCCAAGGUGCGAGUGCGAGGUGCUGUAGGCCUGUGGAGUGACUGGAGCCCCAAAGUGGUCUGGAUGACCGAGGAAGCAGAAGGUGUCAUUAACCUGCAGUGUGUAAUUAAGGAAGGCGGGGUGAUGUGUAGUUGGCAGGUGAAGAAACGGCAGGCCGUGUUCCUCUCGUAUCACCUGUGUGGCCACAUCAAUGGAACAGGAUUGAAAUGUAACCACUGUGACAGUCACACUGAGCAUCCUCACUCGGGAACCUUUCUAGAAUUUGCAUGUUCACUGGAUAGCUCGCAACCUGAACUGCUGAGCAUGGAGAUUAGAAGCUUACGACAGGCCAAGAUGUUUAGUAACCCUGAAAACAUUAAGCCACCAUGUCCAUCCGAAUUCUGGGCACAUAAGAAGGAUGAUGUUUGGAAGCUGAGAUGGACCCGACCUAGUGUUAAUGGAAAGCUCACGCUCUGCUAUCAGGUGUACCUCGAAAGCAAUGACACAAAGAAUAAGGUGGACUUCAAGGUCUCUGAAGCAGAUCUCAGUGCAGAUGUUCCCUCCAACCUGUGGCCCUCUACAGGCUACAUGGCUAGGGUGAGAGCACUUCCUUGCAACAACUUUGCUGGACUACCAUCUGACUGGUCUGAUCCCAUAUUCUUCACCACUGAUCCAGCUCCCUGGACCAACACCAUAAUUUACGUCUUGAUAGCUGUGUUAGUGGCCGUGCUUUUCAUCAUCUUGUAUAAUGCCCUUCCAGCCUGCCACAGGAGAUUGGUACUGUGGAAUGUAUCCAUUCCCUCUCCCAUUAACAGCAAAGUCCUGGGGGAAAUGAGCAGUAAGAAAUGUUUUGCUGGCGAGGCCAAUCCAUACACUGACAGUGAGAAAACCUGUGUGUUCAUCAUACAGACCUCGGAUAACCCUAUCAUCUGUAAGGGCAGUAUCUCUGAGUACCCACUCCUGACAUGCAGCAAUGACAUGGAUGUGGGCCUUGGCAUGAGCGAAUCAGGGUGGCCACAAGGGUCAAGCCACUCGUCUGUAUUUUCAGAGGGGUGCAGAAUGAAAGACAAAUCUGGCAUAAGCUUCAUCGGACCUUACAUCCUCUGCCGUGAGGACUCUUCAGUGACAACUGAAACUUCUGACACAUUCUUCUCUUCCCUCUUAACUUUCGAUGAUGAUGAAAGAUAUGUUUCUGAGAGCCCCAAGGAUUCUUUACCAAUAAAAGGAGGCUAUGUUAUGUCCCCGCCCAAAAAUACAACAUCAGAAUGCUCAACCCCAACUGAGAGAACAGAGAACAGAGAGCCCAGGAAGUCAGAGCUCCCUGACGAUGAUCCCCCGGCAUACACCCCAAGCCCAACUGCGGGGUCCAGUGCCAUGUUUUCUCACCCAUCUGGAUACUGCCUGAUGCCCAACAUGGAGACUGUUGCAGCAUGGGUGUCUUCUUCUGUCCCACCACCAGAGGGCAACACAGAGAGAAUGUUACAUGAGAUACAGGGGAAUUUACCUGAGCGCAGCUAUGUGACACUUUCUCAGCGUGGACUCUAAUACAUUCUGUUUCAGUCAUAAGGCCAUGAAUUAAUAUAUUGAGGCCAGAGGUUAAUAUUUUGGUGCAACAAAUUUGGUGUCUUGCCCAUGCAUUGUGGAAACAUUUUGAAACUAUGACUUCAUAUAUUGUGGGAACAUCAUACUCAAUACAUGGCCUAUAGAUAACAAUUUGGCAGGAACAGCCAAAACAAUUAUUUGAAAAUUCACUGAAGAUGAUGUGGACUAAUGGUAUAUCUAUAACGCAAUGCCUGUGACUCCAGUAGAGAGUCAAGGAGAGGUUCCUGUCACCACAAAGCUCUAAAUCAGUUGAAUUCUGUGUGUCUCACUCAUUUUAAUUUAAUAGCCGUCAUGAGUUCAGUAUUUUCUGCCCAAACAACUGAUCUUGAGAAACUUAAUUCAUGGCCUUAAUAUAGUCCUUUGUGGCCAGUUCUUAUAACAACUAACCACAAUGUCACUUCUCUGUAUACGGUUCUGUGUCUAUGAAUCCAAAGCUUAUAUUUGACUUAGAACUGUCUAAAAGCCCAUUACUCUUUUCUCAUUAAGUUAAUGGGCUAAUUCGUAUACGGUAAAAGUGCAAGUAGUAGCUGUUUUUCUGUAUCAUACCAUGUUGUCCAGCAGAUGGCAGUGCUGGAGGACUUUAUGAGACCGACAUGUAACUUUUAUUCUCUUUCUGUCUCUGCAUUAUGUUGCACACUGAGUUAUGUGAUUAUUAAAACUGUAGACCCUGAGCUAUAUUUACGAUAUCUGUGACUAUGAAUGUAAGCUUUUAUAUAAAGAACUUUUAUUUGAGGUUGUCCAAAGUGUGUUUUUGUACUUGUACAAUGCUUAAUGUGCAAUUAAUCCAAUAAAUGUAUCAAUUUAUUAAAUUAGA